ACGGCACAAGGAGUCAAGGACCUUGUAUUGGUAUUGCGUUGUCGUGUACACUGAGCACACGCGCCAAAUUCGGCUGCCGCGCAAGUAAAACGGUUCCCCUGUGCGGGAUGGCCAAGUGGAUAGCGUCAUGGACAUCAUAGGGGAUUGCUGAAAGAAAAUGGAGAAAGAAAAUGAUGAUGUCGCUGACCAACUAGCAUCCGAGAACAACUGUUUGGUGUCACGUUGGAAGCACACAAAGUUUUCAGGAGAGGAUGACAAGCUCCUUAUUGAUUACGAUGUUCUUUUGGAAAAACUGCAGGGUGUUCCUGUGAGUUUUCGACCAUCCCUUGAUGUGGAACUAGUAGCUCUGUAUAAUGCUCUUUUUCUGAAUUGGAAGUAUAACUCUGAUCCUUCAAUACAUCAACUGGCAGGUCUGGCCGUCACUACACUGAAGAGAGUUAGUGAGAUGCUGAUGAAUGUACUAUCACGUGUGAAUGUGACAGAUCAUGAAUCAAACUGGCAGGAUGUUGCUACUUUACUGGAGAAAUUGUGCAAGGCAGAGAAAGAAAUGGGCCGUAAACUGUGGAGCAGUUUAGUGCUACCAACCAUCAUAGUGCUGCUACACCUGAUGAUGGACACUUUCUACAGUGAUGCACUGAGUGUCAUCGAAUCCCUCCAGGCAGUGAAAGUAGUGAAUGAAGAAUUGCAGGAGUGCAACACUGGGCACAUUUUAGCCAAAUAUUUAGUGGAUGACGCUUUUUUGGAUGAGUCUGGAUAUCCAUCUGUCAUUGUGCUUGAUGAUUGUCUGUCUGUAAUGAAGGCAGCCGUCUUGUAUCAUCUUGGAAGCAGAAAUGAUAGUAUUCUUGCGGUGAAGGCGAUAGAGACUGAUUGUCUAAAGGCGCUGGUGUGCUAUUUGAAAGCUGUUGCAGGUAUGGCCGAUGCGCUAGACGGUGAUAAGCCAGUUGAGCCAACUGACCCAGGAGAGCUGAUAGAACUAGCAGAGCUAACAGAGCUUGUGCAGGACUCGCAGCUGCAACCUCUGGCAUUAAACUUAGUGGGAUCUUGUCUGGCUGCAAAGGGCAAGCCUCACAUGGCCAUCCAGUGUUUCCAGCAGUCCCUGCAGGCUUCGCGAUUCACAUAUCUGCUGCCUCUCUACCAUGUCGCGCAGCGGUACAGGGCUCUGCAUAUGUAUGAUGCUGAACUAGAAGCACUCAAUCUCCUUGUAAAGAUGCUGCAGAAUGUAAAACGAAAUUCGUUGUCAUCAAAUGCAUCCACAGUGUUGGAUCUGGAGGCGGAAAUGUCAAAGGUCAUGCGAAAGGACAUCUCUCUAGAGGCGGCCACGUAUACGACUGCUCGUCGCUGUGCUGCCACGCACCACCAGCAGGCCGCAUUUGAAAGCUAUCUCAGUCUGUUGGCUCUACUCCUUAACAACCCCAUGCUGGAGAUAUCAUGGUGGCCCGUACCGUUCCCAGGCAUCCGGCACACAUUUCAUGAAGCAGCUCGUGCUGCCAUCUGCUGUGGGAAACUUCGAGAGGCAGUUGUGAUCUGUGAUUGGAUGAUUGCGAAAUACUCUAAAAUCGAACAGGUAGGGAGUGGCGGCAGCAUUGCUACUGCUGAUGAUCCAGACCCACAGCCACGGUGUACAGACAAUAGCCGCCAGUGCAGCGCACCACCGGGUGUGAAAUCUGGACACAUAGACAGCACAGAUGUCAGGCAGACAACAGGGAUGUAUAAUUCAUGUUGUGGUACUCGCAAGCCUCCGAAAGUCAUUCACUGUCUAGCGUGUGCCAGCCUCCUUCAGUGCAAUGAGCAUGGCAGCAGGCAGGUCAUGGGCACUAACUCUCAAGAGAUGCCAGGUUCCAGAGAUGCAUUGUCAGUGAGAGUUAUUACAAACAUUACGCCGAUGAAGGGCGAUGGUGAUAAUACACCUGGUGGCGGUGGUGGUUCUGACACCAAAGAGGAAUUCGCAGGUUACUGCUGCAACAGCGAAUGUGACUUUGACAUUGAAGUCGGGAAGCUGGACACUGAUGUCAUUGCACUGAUGCUGAAGUGUGAAGCACUUGUGCAGAUGAAUGACAUAUCUGCAGCCCUGGAGAGCUUCUCCAGGUUGCUACCUAGUCUCUACAGCGUGUUCCCAUCAGAAGCAAAGCAACUAGAAGCCAAAUGCAACUGUCUUCUUCGUCUAAAGGCAGAAGCGCAUCUCAAACGAGGCUUGCUACUGGCAGAGAUGGGGCAGCCUUCAGACUCUGUGCACCAGCUACGCCAGUCUCUGCAGUGCAAUCGCGAUGGUGCGGUGGCCAUGUUUAAUUACGUCCUACUGAUGCUGAAGCAAGGGUGCUGUGUGGAUGCUGCAAGGAGCUGGUGUGUCUACAGGAAGCUCCCUAACAGUGCCGACACGUUCCAACUAACCAUGCAGAUCGGGAUAACGGAGACACAACUCAGGGCCACGCAUGGAGGAAUAUCAAACAUUCGGGACCUAGAGAGCGUCAAGCAGUGGCCGUUUAAUAGAAGUCCGAUGCUGAGUGACAUGUUGGUCAUGGACCGACUCAUGCUACAGACGAUUCUACAGACAAGGAAGUCAACCUAGAUUAGUACCAUAUACAGUAUAGAUC